UAGUAUGAAGGGAGACAAUGACAUGAAAAACAAUGCAUAUAUGUAAAAGUAGCCUCAACUCUUAUAGUUAGCAUGUGGCUAACAGAGUAGCUAAAUUGAGCCAUAACGGAGGCUAAUAAAGUUAGCAUCCAGCUAGCACCAACCGGGCUAAUGGUCAGGCGACAACGUUAGAAGUCUCCCCCCAAUGGCAGCGAGCCUCGUCAGCCACUUACACGGUGACGUGUCCGGAGCCUCUCACCACCACCGGGUCCGGAGCGUACUUGAGAAGCUGUUCCUCCGCGGCCCUGUCCUCGUCCUCUUCCUCCUCCUCUUCCUCGUAGAUCUCGUCAAAGUCCUCCAUCAUCGCACCACGUCCCCGCCAAACCGCGAUGCUCCCGGGUCGAGACGCCGGGUCAGACACGAUGGAUUCUACCAGCAAACCUACUCGGAUGGAGACUGAGCAAGUAAAGAAUAAAGCGAGGCGUCCCGCAAACGAUAGUUCACAUCUUCCAGGCGCAGGCUCACAAACAAAACAUCAACAUCCGCGGCAGUCGCCGUACGACACCGGAAGCGCACUUGUAUGUUUUCUGCCGGAGAUACAAUAUACAUAAAUACUUAUUUAAGACAAACUAGAAACUCUUGUUGGUUUUUACACAGCAACGAGGGAAAUUAUUUAAAAGUGAAUCAAUUAUGUCACACCGCCAUAUUAGCAUAUUUCCUUAUUUAGAAAAUAUUUACCGGAAAUUAUACACCGAUAUAUAAAACGCAUGUUUUAUGAGUGCCAUAACAUUUAAAAAUCAGGACUACGAGAGAAAAAUGUACCUUUCUUAUUGAAAGGCUGGACCGGAAAUGAUUUAAUACAUACACAUAGUAUAAAAACAUUAAUCUUAUUGAUGUUAAAGUACCCAGAAAUAUAAAAAUUAGGACAGUACAGAAAAUCCAGCUUGUCAUCAGGUUCUAUUUUGUACGUAACGGUUAUUUGUCUACCGGUUGUCUUAUUUUGAAAGACAUGGCCGGAAAUUAUUUAGUACCAAAAUACUGUAUCCAUAUUAUUACGUUAUUACGUUGUUCUUGUUAAUUCACACAAGAAUAUUCAAAAUUACGAAUGUAUGAUAAAUUAUACAUAUACGAUAUAUACUCUACUAUAAUAUGCGUACAUAUAUGUUAUCCGGUAACAUUUUUAGACACCAAUAUGUCUUAUUCUGAAAUACUAUACCGGAAGUAGGACGAGAACCAAAACAUGAAGCAACAGUCGUCCUGUGGAGGAUCACAAUGAGAAAAAUGAAAGCAAAGAGAAUAAAGGGAGUCCUGCACACUCCACCCUGGCUCUGAUAGAUGGGGACCCAGACGAGGCCGACCCAUGGGACCUUCCUGAGCUGCAGGACACUGGGGUGCCAUGGUCAGACUUGGACACACGGGGGAAAGUGCUGAGGGUGGUGGUGUCAGUGGUGAAGCUCGUUGUGCUGCUGGGCCUCCUCUACAUGUUCAUCUGCUCCUUGGACAUCCUGAGCUCGGCCUUCCAGCUUGUUGGAGGUAAAGCAGCAGGUGACAUCUUCCAGGACAAUGCUGUGUUGUCCAACCCUCUGGCCGGGUUGGUUAUUGGUGUCCUGGUUACUUUGCUGGUUCAAAGCUCUUCCACAUCGUCCUCUAUUGUUGUCAGCAUGGUCUCUUCUGGAUUGCUAACAGUCCAGUUGGCCGUGCCAAUCAUCAUGGGCACCAACAUUGGUACUUCUGUCACCAACACACUUGUGGCCAUGACGCAGGCUGGGGACCGCAGUGUCUUUCGCAGGGCAUUCGCAGGGGCCACAGUGCACGACUUUUUCAACUGGCUCUCUGUGUUGGUGCUGCUGCCUCUAGAGGUCGCCACAGGGUACUUGUACGUGUUUACCAAGCUCAUCAUAGACUCCUUCCAAAUCCAGAGUGGAGAAGCUCCUGACCUGUUGAAUGUCAUCACGGAUGUCCUGACAGACUCCAUCAUACAGCUGGACAAGUCUGUCUUAAGUGAAAUCGCCACAGGAGACCCAGCAGCCCGGAACAAGAGUCUCAUCAAGAAAUGGUGCCAAACCUACACCAAUACGAGCACAGUGAAUGUGACAGUUCCUGGUCCGGAGAACUGCACCUCUCCUGAGGUGUGUUGGUUUGACGGAAACUACACCUUCACCCUGAAGAACAUCUCACAGACUUACAACAUCAAGAAAUGUGAGCACCUGUUUGUAGACGUGAACCUGUCCGACCUCGUGGUGGGUCUGAUCCUUCUGGCACUUUCUCUGCUGGUGCUCUGCUCCUGUCUGCUGCUCAUCGUCAAGCUGCUCAACUCCAUGCUGAAGGGUCAAGUGGCUUCGGUCAUUAAGAAAAUACUCAACACAGAUUUCCCAUUCCCGUUUGGGUGGGUCACUGGUUACAUUGCCAUCUUAGUUGGAGCUGGAAUGACGUUCAUUGUGCAGAGCAGCUCGGUUUUUACCUCCGCUAUCACUCCACUUGUUGGCAUUGGUGUGAUCAGCAUACAGAGAGCCUAUCCGUUGUCUCUGGGCUCCAACAUAGGCACCACCACCACAGCCAUCCUGGCAGCCAUGGCCAGUCCAGGUGAUACACUGGGUAACGCACUGCAGAUUGCACUUGUGCACUUCCUGUUCAACAUCUCUGGCAUCAUUCUGUGGUAUCCAAUCCCUUUCACGCGGCUCCCCAUCCGACUGGCCAAAGGCUUAGGCAACAUCACGGCCUCUUAUCGCUGGUUCGCCGGUGUAUACAUCAUUUUCUGCUUCUUCCUCCUGCCGCUCCUCGUCUUCAGUCUGUCACUUGCUGGGUGGCAGGUCCUGGUGGGCGUGGCCUGCCCACUGUUGGCUCUGCUCAUUGCGAUCAUAGUGGUGAACGUGCUGCAGAAAAGGAAGCCUGGGUGUCUGCCUGCAAAGUUGAGGUCGUGGGACUUCCUCCCGCUUUGGGCUCACUCGCUUGAACCUUGGGACAAAGUGGUGGGUGUUAUCGCAGCCAAAUGCUGCUGCUGUUGCAAAUGCUGCCACAUUGACAACGACAAACAGGGAGACCACAAGCAGAUAGAAGUGUAUGACAACCCUGCAAUGUGUGAAGAGAAAGUCGUGGAUAACGACAUAAACAUUCUGAAAAUGACCAAACUUUGAGGUGUGUGGGUUGCAAAGAUGCACUUUAUUGCACAUUAUUUAUGUCUUCUCUAGAUUAUUUAAAGUAAUGGAUGGAUUAUGGAGUAACUGUGAGAUUAUCAAGAGCCUAUGACAAUAAUCUGUAUUUUUCAUGUUGUCAACUAAUCACUGAGACAAAAAAAAAACAUCUACUACAGUCCAAAUGAUAAACCAUAUCCGUGCGCAGCCUUGAUUCUUUCAUUUCCAGAAAUAUUCUCAGUGUUACUGCGUUGUCAUCAGCCUUCACCUUUUGGAUCUUAUAGAUUUUAUUCACUGUAAAAAAAAACACAAUAACACAUCAU